CUGUUUUCACGACAUUUUCGAGGCAAAGAAAACCGGGAACAUCUCGAUGUGACCAAUUACGAACGAGCAUUGGAAAUGGUCGCCGAACGAUCGCAAGAUGGAUAGUCUCUGCUUCUCUCGCGCGUUCCCGGCUCGAAUGCGAUUUGUCAAUUCUCCUGAAUCCAACAAUUCGAAGUCGAAUUUAACUCCGUCCGGCGAUUGUUGUUAUCCCUUAUCACUCGGCUCGAUUCGUGUUGUUUGAACAUGAGCGCGUCGUAAUCGGUUGUCGUUAGAUUAAAUUAUACGCGUGGGCGGCCCGUGUGUUUCUUCGUUUAAUAUUUAAUUAGAUCGCAUAUGGAAAGUAACGUCAAGGCCAAUUGACAACGACAUCGACGGGAAAAUAACUAGGCAUUCUUUUUUUAGGAAAAAUGUAGGUGAUAAAAAAAAAUAUAUGCGACUUUAUUUGACAAAAGAAAGUAGUAAAGACUUAUGAAAAAAAGAAGACUCGAAUAAAACCUCACAAACAUGAACAAGCCUAUACAAAAAAAUGCACAGUUACUGAAAUAUGCGAGCUUAGUCACUCUCACGGCUCAAAAUGCUGCGGUCAGUCUCAGCAUGCGAUACUCGCGGACCAGAGCGGGAGAUAUGUUCCUUUCUUCCACUGCCGUCGUGAUGGCCGAAUUGGUCAAACUUUUCAUCUGCCUGGGGGCGGUGUAUUACGAAGAGGGAGGUUUCAGAAAAUUUUACGAAGCACUACACGCGACAAUCGUGAAGCAGCCUAUCGAUACACUGAAAGUCUGUGUGCCAUCGCUUUUGUACAUCAUACAGAAUAAUUUACUCUACGUUUCGGCGUCCAACUUGGACGCCGCCACGCAUCAGGUUACAUAUCAAUUGAAAAUCCUGACCACGGCCUUCUUCGCUGUCGCGAUAUUGCGCAAGUCUCUUCGUACCACUCAGUGGAGCGCUCUGGUGCUUCUGGUGAUCGGAGUGGUCCUCGUGCAACUGGCGCAGAACACAACGGCGCCGUUACCCUCCGGCAUCCAGCAGAGUCACUGGCUGGGUUUCUCCGCCGCUCUGACCGCUUGCUUGCUGUCUGGUUUCGCGGGGGUCUACUUCGAGAAGAUACUGAAAGGAUCCGACGUUUCCGUGUGGAUGCGAAACGUUCAACUGAGUCUGCUCUCUAUUCCGUUCGGUCUGGGCACGUGUUUCCUGCACGACGGCGAGACCAUAAGAAAACAGGGCUUCUUCUUCGGCUACGAUUCGUUUAUCGUUUUCUUGGUGUUCCUGCAAGCAGGCGGCGGAUUGAUCGUAGCCAUGGUGGUCAAGUUCGCCGAUAACAUACUCAAAGGUUUCGCGACGUCCAUGGCCAUCAUCGUGUCCUGUUUGGCUUCUAUCUCUCUGUUCAGCUUCGACCCGUCGUUCCAGUUCGUUCUGGGCGCGUUCCUCGUGAUCUGUUCGAUCUUUCUGUACGGUCAUCAGCCGAAAACCGUGUCCCACGAUAAACACACGUCCGCCGAGAAAGUCUGAUACAGUAGGAUCCGCUUAAGGGCAACAAAAUCGAACGCGGGUCGUUGCAGAAGAGCGAAGAACGAACUCGGUUCGUCUUCUAAAAAAUACAAUGAAGAGUGAACGAACGACUUCCUUCCGCGAAGAAAUGAGGAAGUAGUUCUCCGUAGAGCAGUCAAGCGAAGGUAACUCGGUUGUCCUUAAGCAGGUCCUACUGUAGCGAUAACAAAAAUAUACAGGAUACGUUUCUCCAUUGUAAUAGUCGAUUCCUCGACAAGAUUUCCUCAAAGCCGUUGAUCACUUCAAGUUGGCGACACGUCACUUGCGAAAGAGCUCAGUAUACAUAUAUAAAAUUAGAACUAAUUAAAAAAAAACGUUAGUGUUAACGGAUGUAAUUAAAGGAGAGAGAUAGAUAUUGCAUUUAAACGCAGGUCAGAUAAAUGUUAUUUGCCUGAAGAAAGAAAUAACUUAUUUUAAAAACCCAGUUGUAAGGUUUUCUAUUUGUAAAGCGUACAAAAAAUUGUUAAAUUGCACGAGAAAGAAUUACGCGAGAUUUUAAUUCAAUAUCUUGAAACUUCGAUGCGAUCGAAGUUUUGAAUCGUCUCUUGGAGGGGGGCGAACAUGAGAUCAAACUGACGACAAGAAAUAAGAGGCGUUAAGAAGAGAAAUUAAUCAUAGAGAGAAAUUAAAUAAGUACAGCGAAGCGACGCACACACUCACAAUUCCAUCUAUUUAUUAUCGAGAAGUGCGACAUUGAUUUUAUUUUUACACAACGGUAACUUCUUGACGUAUUAAUAGGCCAGUUGUAAGUUGUCACACUCGUAUAUAUAUAUAUAUAUAUAUAUAUAAUAUAUAUUGUGUACUUAAUCU